UCUAGUCUGGAGUAGAGACCUGCGCAAUGCGUAAUCGGGCGUUUGGAAAGUGCCAUACCCGUUUAAACGUUAAAGGACUCUGGUUAAAGUCUCGAACAACAGUGACAGCGGUGAGUGCGAGGAUUCCUAAUAUUUUACUGGAUUUUUCUCAUCGCUAUCUGGAUUUUGUAUUUAGACGGUGGUGAUCUUUUAUUUCAUUACCACCGCGAUGGAAUUUGUGGGCAGUACGUUUCUGCUUUUGUGUGUCGGGUUCAUUGUGCUCCCUUCCCGAAGCGAGGGCGGGUGUGUGGAUUCGGGACUGUGUUGCCCAGGUAGAGACCACACCUGCGUCAGCGAGGGAUGGAGACCCGACAGGUCCCACGGGAGCUGCUACUGCGAUCAGGCGUGCGCAGCCACGCUGGACUGUUGUCACGAUUACCAGCAAGCGUGUCCAGCGGUGUCCUGUGAGGUCAGUGAAUGGAGUGCGUGGUCUGGCUGUGCGGAGCCCUGUAAAGCCACGUUCCGUGUGCGGAGGAGGCGGGUGGUCCGGGAGCCGCAGAACGGGGGGGCGGCGUGCCCCCACGUGCAGGAAUACGCUGGCUGUGCGGAGUACUGGAGCCGCCAGAGACAGGAGUGCAGGCAGUCCUUCGUCCCAGCGCUGAUAACUACAGGGGGUUACGGGAACGCCAGGAGAAAGAGGGACGUGCCCACGGACCAGGAGAUACCAGGGUACUGUGUAGAGUUUCAGCUGACAUUUCUCACUCCUGGCUGUCUCCACACCAGCGGCUCGCACACACGCUGGAUGCAGUACCUGAGGGAGGGGCACACUGUCUGUGUGGAGUGCCAGCCCCCAGCCCUCAGCUCUGGGCACCAGCAGUGCUAUGGGGAUGGACAGGAUGUGAAGAAUCAGUUUCUCCAGUGGCAGGCUGUGGGCGCCCCGCGCUGUCGAGGGACAUGGAAGCGCAUUCGAAGACUUGCGUCCUGCACCUGCCCCACCAUGCACAGCUUCCUGUUCAUCUGAACCGGACCUCUCGCUGAGACGAGGGGGUCACACGGCUUCACCAGUUAUCACAGGAGCAAUUCUGAAUGCGGCUCCGACUCUGUGUGAUACACACCAAGGCCACAUGUAGAGUAGACAUGUCAAGAAGAUGAUGUUCCAUCCAUUGUUUGGUUAUAAAUCCAGUGUUUUAUCACAAUACUGUAAUAUUUCUACCUGAGAAAUUAAAUGGUAAUAGAAACAAAUUGAGCUCCCUCAGUGAAGGACAGGACACUCUGAAAGGGAUGUGUUUUUAAAUGGAGUUGUGUUUCUGAAAGCCCUGUAGUGUUUCUUAGAAACACCUUGUACCUGUGCUUGUCCCUUGUGCUCUGUAUCACAGCAAUAUAUUUCUCAAAGUAAUUUGAUUUUCUCUCAGAUUCAGGCAUCACGGUGCUCAGAAAUCACCUGGGGAAUAUAUUUCUCAGCUUUUACUGUGAAUCAAUCAUUCGCCAGGAGAGAGAAAUUGUCUCCCGAGCAUCGCAGUGUAUCCAGCCCCUCCUGCAACAUAGCUGCUGGUGCUCUGAUAGAAAUCAAUGGGAUAUUGAGGAGCAGGGUGCGUGAUCUUGUGUGAGAAAUUUUGAGGUUGAGGUCUUUUAGACCCCCAGUCUGUUGUGUCGUCUUUCCAUUGUUUAUACUCUUAAAAAUAGUUCUACCAACAGUAGAAUCCUACCAUCGGAGCUGUGCUUGCGCUUGCGCUACCAUUAUCCCUUCGUACAACUUCAUUGCAGUUCAAGAUUGCAUUAUAUUCACUUGUGUGAAGACAGUAU